CACCGCAGAAAUAUUUCUUGCCAAACAAGUCGGUCCCCCGAAUUUUACUAUAUAAACCCGAUUACUCUGUUCUCAAAGCUAUCUUCGCCUCGUCUCACAAUUUUCCGAUCCUAAAAAACUCUCAAAUUAUGGCUAACGAACCCGAAUCCUCUGACUUGAAAUCAGGGAAGAAGGACUUCUCGACGGCGAUUCUGGAGCGGAAAAAGUCGCCAAACCGGCUAGUCGUUGACGAGGCGAUCAACGAUGACAACUCGGUAGUGGCGUUGCACCCAGAGACCAUGGAGAAGCUCCAGCUCUUUCGCGGGGAUACGAUUCUCAUCAAGGGCAAGAAACGUAAGGAUACAAUCUGCAUUGCUCUUGCUGAUGACACGUGUGAGGUUCCAAAGAUUAGAAUGAACAAGGUUGUUAGAUCAAAUCUGAGGGUUCGGCUUGGAGAUGUAGUAUCUGUGCACCAGUGCCCUGAUGUGAAGUAUGGGAAACGUGUCCACAUACUGCCGAUUGAUGAUUCUAUUGAAGGGGUUACUGGUAGUCUGUUUGAUGCAUACCUGAAACCUUAUUUCUUGGAGGCUUAUCGUCCUGUUAGGAAGGGAGAUUUAUUCCUUGUCAGAGGAGGUAUGAGAAGUGUGGAGUUCAAGGUCAUUGAAACUGACCCAGGGGAGUAUUGUGUGGUUUCCCCAGACACCGAAAUCUUCUGUGAGGGGGAACCGGUCAGAAGGGAGGAUGAGGAUAGGUUGGAUGAAGUUGGUUAUGAUGAUGUGGGUGGUGUUCGGAAACAGAUGGCUCAGAUUCGUGAGUUAGUGGAGCUGCCACUAAGGCAUCCUCAGCUUUUCAAAUCAAUUGGUGUGAAGCCACCCAAAGGAAUUUUGCUUUAUGGACCCCCGGGAUCUGGAAAAACAUUAAUAGCAAGGGCUGUUGCUAAUGAGACUGGGGCGUUCUUUUUCUGUAUUAAUGGGCCGGAGAUAAUGUCCAAAUUGGCUGGAGAGAGUGAGAGCAAUCUCCGGAAGGCAUUUGAAGAAGCUGAGAAGAAUGCUCCAUCUAUUAUUUUCAUCGAUGAGCUUGAUUCUAUUGCUCCUAAGAGGGAGAAGACACAUGGUGAAGUUGAAAGGCGAAUUGUUUCACAACUGUUGACUCUUAUGGAUGGACUGAAAUCUCGGGCUCAUGUUAUAGUUAUUGGGGCUACAAAUCGUCCAAACAGCAUUGACCCAGCUUUGAGAAGGUUUGGUCGGUUUGAUAGGGAAAUAGACAUUGGUGUUCCUGAUGAAGUUGGGCGUCUUGAAGUUCUUCGUAUCCAUACCAAGAACAUGAAGCUCUCUGAUGAUGUUGACUUGGAAAGAAUUUCGAAAGAUACCCAUGGGUAUGUUGGUGCUGAUCUUGCAGCUCUCUGUACUGAAGCCGCACUGCAGUGCAUUAGAGAGAAGAUGGAUGUGAUUGACUUGGAAGAUGAAUCUAUUGAUGCUGAGAUACUUAACAGCAUGGCCGUUACCAAUGAGCACUUCCACACUGCUCUUGGAACAAGCAACCCAUCUGCUCUGCGUGAAACUGUUGUUGAAGUGCCUAAUGUCAGCUGGGAGGACAUUGGAGGCCUUGAGAAUGUUAAGCGGGAGCUUCAAGAGACUGUUCAGUAUCCUGUGGAGCACCCAGAGAAGUUCGAGAAAUUCGGAAUGUCACCUUCAAAAGGGGUACUUUUCUAUGGUCCCCCAGGAUGUGGGAAAACUCUCUUGGCCAAGGCAAUUGCAAAUGAAUGUCAAGCAAACUUCAUCAGUAUUAAGGGCCCUGAACUGCUGACAAUGUGGUUUGGUGAGAGUGAAGCCAAUGUUCGAGAAAUUUUUGACAAGGCUCGACAAUCUGCACCAUGUGUGCUUUUCUUUGAUGAGCUCGACUCGAUUGCUACUCAGAGAGGAAGCAGCGUUGGGGAUGCAGGUGGUGCUGCUGAUCGAGUUCUGAACCAACUCCUGACUGAGAUGGAUGGCAUGUCUGCAAAAAAGACUGUCUUCAUAAUUGGAGCCACCAACAGGCCUGACAUAAUUGAUCCUGCACUUCUGAGGCCAGGUCGUCUCGACCAAUUAAUUUAUAUUCCUCUUCCUGAUGAGGAUUCGCGCCAUCAAAUUUUUAAAUCGUGCUUGAGAAAAUCACCUGUCUCAAAAGAUGUUGAUUUGAUAGCACUGGCCAAGUACACUCAAGGUUUCAGUGGGGCUGACAUUACAGAGAUAUGCCAGCGGGCAUGCAAGUAUGCUAUAAGAGAGAACAUAGAAAAGGAUAUAGAGAGAGAGAGAAGGGGAAGGGAGAAUCCUGAGGCUAUGGACGAGGAUGGGGAGGAUGAGGUGGCAGAGAUCAAAGCUGCUCAUUUUGAGGAGUCCAUGAAGUAUGCUCGGAGGAGUGUCAGCGAUGCUGAUAUACGCAAAUACCAGGUUUUUGCUCAGACGUUGCAGCAGUCAAGAGGUUUUGGAACUGAAUUCAGGUUCUCUGAGACCCAAACCGGGGCCACGGGGGCAGAUCCAUUCACCACUUCGGCUGGUGGAGCUGAUGAAGAUGAUUUGUAUAGCUAGGUUUUAUGCUUAUCAAAUCCUCAGAGACGCCUGUUUGCCUUAAAUGCAUGCUUCCCUACUGUUACUGUUUUAACUCUGCAUUUUUCUGGUUCCAAGCAAGCAUGUAGGAUCACCGGGCUAAACAUCCUGAUCAGUUUACAGUUAUUCUUCCUCGUUCUUUACGGAUAGAACUUUUAAAUGAACUUGAAAAAACAAAAGAAAUCGAAUGGGGUCAUGAAUGGA